AUGGCCGGGGGAAGGAACCUGAUGAAGCAGCAGCAGGUUUUCACUCCUGUUUCGGUGGGGCUUCGCGAUUCGACGAGUCGACUCACCCUGAGUCAGCCGGGUUCGCCCACCGCCUUAGGGAUGGCGUGGGGUGCCGCGGUUUGA